UCAACUAUAAACUCUUCCGGUUAUCGCGCUGGCCACUCCAAAGUCCAGCACAACAGUGUUGAUAGUCCAGGUGUUUGGGUAGGCCUAUUUAAAACCAUAAAGGUUCAGUUCAGUUCUGUGGCUAAACAUUUGUGGCGCUCUGUUGACGCAUGUUGCAAUUUUCUUGAAUUUUCAAGACAUGGCGUAUGACAUUAUCAUCGUUGGUGCUGGACUAUCAGGACUAAGUGCAGCCAACCACCUAUUGAAGAGAGAUGCGAACUUGAAACUUUUGAUACUAGAAGGAAAGGAUCGAGUUGGAGGACGCACUUUGACGCAGGACGUCCCGGCGUCUGGAGGAGUUGAUCGCUGGGAUUUCGGAGGGCAGUGGGUUGCCAGUUCACAAACCCACGUGAUGCAACUCAUUGAGGAGCUGGGAUUGGUUGCAUACCCACAGUACACCCUUGGCAAGAAGGUGCACCAUAUGGGGGGUCCCAACGCCAAGAUAAGCACCUACACCACCAGUACCCCAUUAUACUCACCGCUGAUUCUGCUAGACUUCCUGCAGUUCCUAUGGAAGAUUGAGAGGCUGUGGAGGAAGGUGGAUGUGAAGGAGCCAUGGAGGACUCCAGAUGCAGUGCGACUGGACAGCAUGACGGUGGCCUCCUACAUAGACCAACACGUGUGGACCAGAGAGAUUAAGGAGGAGAUGGGGCUGUGUAGUCGAGCGGUGUUCGGGGUGGAGCCGUGCCAGAUGAGCCUGCUGUUCUUCCUCAUGUACUCCGCAGCAGCAGGGGGCGUCAUGCAGCUCCUGGAGACCACGCCUGGAGCCGCACAGGAGUACAGGGUCAAGGGGGGCACGCAGCAGCUGUCGGUCCGCUUGGCAGAGCGUCUGGGUGGGGAGUGUCUGCGCCUCAACUCGCCUGUGACCGCCAUACGGCAGGAGGCUGAUAGCGUGGAAGUGACAACUCCUUCUGAGUCAUUCACCUGCAAGAUUGUCAUCGUCACCUGCCCCCCUCAUAUGGCAGCUCAGCUCCAGUACCAGCCUCCCCUGCCAGCGGAGAGACAGCUGCUGUGUCAGCACAUGCCUGUGGGUCACUUGAUGAAGUUCAUCAUCACCUACCCUACAGCCUUCUGGAGGGAGAAGGGUUACUCGGGAGAGAUAGUGGCGCGGCCGUCCAACGAGUGUCCCUUUAGCGUCACCUUCGAUGCCACCAGCCCCAGCGGCAGCCCCGCCCUCGUGGGCUUCAUCGCCGGACUACAGGCCUACGACUGGAGCUCUCGCAAGAUGGAGGAGAGGAGAGGUGCAGUGGUUUCCAGCCUGGUGCGAUACCUCGGCCCUGAGGCCUCCAACUUCAUCCACUAUGUGGAGAAAGAUUGGUCCCAGGAGCCCUACAGUGGCGGCUGCCCGGUGAAUGUGAUGAUGCCAGGAAUGCUAACCUACUUCCACCCCGGCCUGCGCACGCCCUUCGGCAGGAUCCACUGGGCAGGUACGGAGACUGCCACCCAGUGGUGCGGCUACAUGAGUGGCGCUAUCCAGAGUGGCCAGCGGGUGGCGCUAGAAGUUGCAGCCCGUUUGAGUCCUCACACUCUGACCCAAGAGGAGAAGGAGGCGCUGCAGGGUCCUGGCCAACCGCGUGCUCGGAGCGACCUGUGGAGCCACGUGAUUGGCUACUCUCCACUUCCUGUCACGCUCACCCUAACGGUUGUCGCACUAGGGGCGGCACUGUUAUGGGUCAAACCCCAGCUGAGAAGUGAUUUGAUUGGCCAGUUGGUAGAAUGGCUUCCCAAACAUUAGCGGAACCAAGAGGUCCCUGGCCAAACAAAACAUUUUCUCAGUCUCCUGAAACACGCUUGUAUUUUAAUUACUGUGGCUAGCGUGAAUUGCUAAUGUUGGUUGGAGAAAGGCAUUAAAUAUCACAAAUCAGAUUCCCAAACUUUGUGAAAAAUAAACCUACCAUAAAUGGAGCUGCAUGAAAAGUCUGUGUCAUGUCCUGCA